GAGAGAUUGGCAGAAUCAAGAUCAAGAUUCAAAGAGGUAAAGAUGGAUCAUGGUGAAGGAGGAGUGGUGGCACGAGGGUUUAGAUUCUACCCAACAGAAGAAGAACUGAUAUCGUUCUACUUGAAACACAAGCUCCAUUGCAGCAACACCAGCAGAAUUCAACAGAUUCAACGUGUCAUUCCUCAGCUUCAUGUUUAUGAUUUCUAUCCAUGGGAUCUUCCUCAAUAUGCAGGAGAGUUUUGUGAUGGAGACGAAGAGCAAUGGUUCUUUUUCGUUCCCAGACAAGAGAAAGAAGCAAGAGGAGGACGGCCAUCUCGCCUCACGAGUUCCGGGUAUUGGAAGGCAACGGGGUCUUCCAGCAUCGUUUACUCUUCGUCGAGUUCGAUUAGCAGUGGAGCCAUUGGGAUCAAGAGAACCAUGGUUUUCUACAAGGGUAGAGCUCCUACUGGGAAGAAGACUGAAUGGAAAAUGAACGAGUAUAAGGCCUUUAAAAAGGAAGCAUCUUCAAAAGCUAACUCUAGACCUAAGUUGAUGCAGGAAUUCAGUUUGUGUCGGUUGUACAUAAAAUCAAAAUGUUUGAGGGCAUUUGAUCGAAGACCAUCGGGCGUUGGAAUAAGUUAGUCAAGACCCCGUUUAAGAAGCUUUCCGAAACGGCGUACCGUCAUGCGACGACAUCAUCUCAUUUCAAUCAUCCAUCGAUACUAGCAAGAAAAAGGAGCUCAUCAGAUAGAAGAAAUAAUUCCAUAGAACACCGAACCAACCUUCAUGGGAUUGGGAACAACAUUGUAACUUGUUUUUAAGUUUAAUUUUUCCUCAACUCGAUUAAUUUGGUUAAGAAAUUAAUAUGCGAUUCCUUCUUUCCCAUUUCGGGAAGUUUUUAUUUUAUUUUUCAAAUUAAGAUAUCGUAUCGUUGUGUUCUAGAUUUUUCGUUCUUACGAGUCAUGUAUCAAUGUAUACGUGGCAAAAACUUGGUGCUACAUUUAGAU